AUGUGCCCAUCCUCACCUCUCUAUUACCUGACUGUUGUAGCGGUCCUAGCUUUGAUGAUUCUACACUGUUCCGAGUUCCCCACCAGCCCGAUCCAUGAUUUGCCCUUCUGGUGGAGGGAUAUAGUGAAGUGGUUGGCGGAGAUGUGGAAGCCACCAAGAUUCACCCGAUUCACCGAACUCCCCCCCGAGCUCCGCUUGAUGAUCUGGGAGGCUGCCGUCCACAACAGACCGGUAGACCAGAACAGCGUGUGCAACCUCUGGUAUUUCAAGAGCGAUAGCUCAUAUGAGAGCAAGGACAGCAUCAAAAUCGAUGGUCGUUACCAACCUUACCAGCCGUUCGGAUUACUGUGGGCUUGUUAUGAGUCUCGAACCAUUGUUCUCUCACGAAUGUCGCUGUUGAUGUAUGAGACUGAGAAUGAUUACGGCCCCCGACGAAAACUGAAGUUCGUCGACAAGACAAUGCGCACAAUCAUGCCAUCCUCAAGAAUCACCAAAUGGCCUCGUGGGAUACCAAAGUCUUUUCAGUCUUAUGUUGAAUUCAAUCCCGAUGAGCUCUGGCUACCCAUCAUACUUGACCAGCUCAUGUCCGAUCCACGCCACAACAUCAAAACAUUCCUAAUUGGUGUUACAUGGAUACCACUCCCGUACAGCAGCGGCGAUGACCUCGAAAGGUAUUCAUGCGUCGACUCUGCCACCGCUGCAGUUCCGCUUGACGACCCAAGGCUUCUGGGUUACUUGCGGAGGGCGUUCAGACGCCACGCGCGGAACAUGAACGAAGAUAUAAGUGAUGAGUGUCACAGGAAGAGUGCCAUGAGAUAUCUCGCUUGGCAGAGAUUCGGGAACCAUGAUUUGCAUCUGACAGAAGAGGUUGCACAGCUCCAGCGAAUGGACUACAACGUGAAGCCCUGUGUCAUAUUUGGCAUGGCACUUCACCAGCCUGAAGAGGUAUUGCAUGGGUGUAUCGUCGAACUGGACUGCUUUAUGUACCGGAGUGAAGACGCCGAAGAGGUGGAAGAAUGGGACGCGACGACACCUUACCCGUCACCGACAGACUGGACGCCUCACAAAUUAUGUCAGGCUCGUUAUUGGCGGAGCUGCCAGCUACUCAGCUAUCAUAUCCAUUUUAGCCAUCAAGAGUACUUGGAGCAUAUGCAAACAGACUUUGGAAACACUAUUGGCGAAUAA